AGUUUUUGCAAUUUUAGAGCUGAGUAUUGCUAUUUUAGAGCUGACUCAGAAUUUGUAUGCGUUCUGCUUCAACCGUGUCUGGUAGUUUUAGAAACGGACAGAAGAUCAUGGUGCGUGCCGGGAAGGGAACGCGAGCUUCUAAGCACCUGCAUCCGCACCAGCGUCGCCGUCUAUCCGAGGAAGGCAAGCGUCUGCUGCGUAAUGCGUUGGCUGCGAGUAGCGACGGUGGAGAAGACGGAUCCGUUGAUUACAGUAUCAUCUCGAACUUUGGCGACUCGUCGGCCGAGUCGGAGCUGGAGAGCUCGUUGCAAUGGGAGAUGCAGCAGCGAGAGACUGUCACUGGAGGAGGAGGUGGACGCAAGGGACGUGGUAAGAAGUGGAAGGGCGACGAUGACUUGGAGACUGAGGACGACGACCUGGAAGGAGCCAUGGAGGAGCUCACGGAGAAGAGAGACACCACUAAGAUCGCGGCGCUUGAGAAGAUCCUGACCAUGCUACGUGCCGAGGUCAUGAGUGACCGCGUGCAGACGUCCAAGGUGACGUUAACUUCACACGCACUGGGGUGUCUGAAGAAACGAGCCAAGGAGUCCAACAGUCUGGCACUUCGAGUGCUUAGCAUGGUGGCAAUCACGCUUGGAGCAGAUGAACAGGGGUUCUACGACGACAUAUUAUCGUCUGUGCAGCGGAUCUUCACAGACAGAGGCGACAGUGCAUUGCGUGUAGAGGCUGUAUACGCUCUGAGCAUCGCCUGUUUCGUUUGUUGUCCGGACGACGAGCCCAAGUGGGAGUUGCUGGAGGUGCUGGGCAGCUUUUUGGUGGCAGCGAAGGAUGCGGAGGACGACGGUCACGAUGAAAAAGAGUUCCCAGAGGCGUUAACCAUCGCAGUGAUGGAGUGCUGGACGUUCCUUGUGAGCUACUUCAGUCCAUCGGUCAUGAUCGGUAAGGUAUACAACGCACAGUCCAUUGUUCAUGGCCAUGUAGCGGCGUUGGCUGGUUUUGUUCGAGGUGGAACAAAUGCUUCCGUGCGGGCGUCUGCAUGUGAAGUACUGGCACUUAUCGUGCAGUUCAAGUACAUCAUCGCAGCUCACAACGGCUGGACUUAUAGUCAUGAGUCGGCAGGAAGUAUCAUCAGUGGUCUGGAUUCGCGCAUCGAGGCAUACAUGCGUGAGUCAGGCAAGAGUAUCGGCAGGAAGAAUCGAAAGGUGCAGCGCUCAAUGUUGAAAGAAGUGCUGGAGACGCUGCAAUCAGGAGAAGGACCCCACAAGGAGCUGCAGGCUGAAGGUGAGACGCUGACGGUGUCCACCUGGAGUCGCUUCUUCCAAGCACACGUGUUCCGUCGUGCCCUGCAGUCUGGAUUUCAAACGCAUCUGGUGGAGAACGAAGUGCUGCGUGAAGUGUUCGAAGUCACCGAGAACGUCAACACAAAGGUCGGGUUGAAACCCACUGUGAAGCGCCGAGCCGAGCGCAAGGCGAAGACCGUGCACAAGCGCAACGAUAUGUCCCGCAAAGACCAAGCACAGAACGCCUUCCUCUACGACGAGUAGCUCGCUGACACUGCCGUCAACUACUAGUUGUACUUCAGAAAAUGAUAUUCCUAGCACGCAGCAAGUAGACAUCGUCGCUAUACAGCGACUCAAGACAGAUCACACACAGUGUGCAGGCUGCAGACCCCGAAAGAGUAGGGUUCCUUUUGUUUAACUUGCGCUUCAUAAAGCGAAGCAACAGAGAUCCGAGCCUGAAGUCCACUCUAUAUACAUGAGU